UUGGACACAUUCCAAAAACGUGUUUUCGUUUAGGAAGGAAGUAUUAAAAUUAGUCUGUACUUCAUUCAGCAGGAGGCAUUUAUAAGUUGUACUACACAUUUACGUGUCACUCGGUGUAAACAUCAAAAUUUUAUUACAUCGAUUACCCUUUAAAAACGGAAAAUGCAAGUUCUUUUUAUCAAAGAUAUACGAUCAUCAAAAGCGGUUUCUUUUCAACUGUUAUUACAUUAUCUUUAAUUCUCCAUUUUCCGUUUAAAGUCCUUGUUGAUGAGAGAGACAGCCUUGCAAAAACGACGUAAAAUAGCUGAAGAGUUAUUACAAUGGCAUCAACAACUUGUGGAAGAAGAACGUCAGAUUGCCGAAUUGGAAUCCGCAGCUAAUUCGAUAAUAAGUCGAGUAGCUGCUACUAAUCCUUAUUUUUCCCUUCAGAAUGAGUCAAGCAGUCCAAAUUUCACUUUCAAAGGAUGCCAACUGAAUGUCAUGUGGCAGAACAUGACUGGACGACAAGAGCAACGUUUUAAAGACAAUGAACUGUAUAUAAUGUCUAAUGAAGCAAUACAGCAGUUUUGUAAAGACGCCAAAAAAAGUAAUAAAGCCAAUGUCAGUCGAAAUACAUCCAACUCCGACAACAAUUUAAAAGUCGAUAACAAUAAUAUAUUGACGGAAAUCGGUGACGAAAACGAAUUCAAUUCUAUAUUGAUCUCUUCUGCUAGUUUGACAAAGAGUGAAGACAUUGCAGAAAAAAUAAUCGAAAGGAGUUAUACUAUUGAGCAGGUCGAAAACAUUCCAAAUAAAACACCAAAAAGCUUGAAAGUAAAUCAAACUAGUUACUCUGAAGACUUUGAGGAAACUUCUUUAAAUACAUACGCAGAUAUCGCUACUAAAAUUCAAAGUAAAAUUGAACUCGAAUGCGUGCCUCGCCAAAAUGUCGAUAUUUGUUGUAAAAACGAUUCCACAACUAAUAAUGAAUUAAAAACAGUAAUAAGUGACAUUUCGGUGUCUAUUCAAACAGAGAAUAUUGAUAACAUUCCGUCCGAUAAUUUUGUUUCUACUAAAGGGCUCUUUUCUUGCAAUGAAUCUGUUUCUGAUUUGGAAAACGAAUGUCUCGAAACUAACAUCGAAGCAAAUGUUGAUACGGAAUCAGUUCCAGUUGAGACGACUCCUUUUGAAAUAUUAGAUAAUACCAUAGAAAAAGACAAAUGCGGUUUUAAACACAUUUCCACUUCAACUAUAAAUAGUAAUCCUUCGAGCUGUGAAGAAGAAAUAAAUGGAGCAUACUCAGAAGAGGCAAGCAAUAAUUCAGUUGAUCGUUUGAGCAUUAUUGUGGGCUAUAAUAAGGAAUUAAAAAAGCUAAAAGCCUCCGUUGCUUCUUCGAUUCCCGAUGUUAUAAACAAAGUUUCUGAUUCUGAACCUCAAAAUACGGUAUCAGACGCGUUAUCAAGUUUACAAAGUGAAUUAGUAACCGCGUCUGAAAUAGUAGAAGUUUCUAAAAUCACAGAAAUGCCCGAUAUAUUGUACAAAAUUGGCGGGUAUGAGGAAACAAACAAAUCACCAACUAUAUCCGAAGUUAUUUUCAAGGAUGAAAAAAGAGACUUAAGUGCAUCAAAAGUUGAUUUUAGCUUAGCUAUUGCUGACGACAUUCAAUCGGAACAUUCCUUGGAAUUUAACAAAGAUCUAAGUGCUGGUAAGAAUGUUAAUAAUUAUUUUUAUGUAUGCAACUAUGAUGUAGUAAUGAAAGAUGAACAGCAAGUAUCCACAACAGAAAAUAAUGAAAUAGAAAUAGAAAAAAGCUAUAGUGAGCUUCAAACAUAUAAUAAAACAAUUAAAAAUGAAAAUGUUGCAGGACAGUUUGAAUCUAGUUCGAUCUCAACUGAUACAGAAAAAAAUGAAGAAUAUAGUAUUCCGAAAGAAGUCGAAUUGCUAAGUAAAAAUGAAGUAAAGCACUUGAGAAACGUUAGCACAAAAGAUAACAUUACAAGCAAAGAAGCAGAAAUUAAAAAGGAAAACGUAUACUCUUUGGACACUAUAGAAAAAAAAGACGGUAACGAUUUGGAAAAAGAAAAUUGUAAUUAUAAGAAUGUGCGGAAACGCAUUUUUGAAAUUUUAACGGAUGCAAAUGUUUCUAGAAGUGAACCGAAUUCUGAGUUGCAAAAUCUGCGCAUAAAUACAUACAAUACGUCUUCAUUGUCUGGUGUCUCUCCUGAAUCAGAAAUUGUUCUCUUCGAUAAACAAAUUUUACCUAAACACACGUUUGCUAGCGAAGAAGAAGAAGAACUUGUGAAGAAACAGUUAGCUAUUGAACAAGAGAUCAAACAAAUCGAACAACAACAAAAGGAACAUUUGCCUUAUUUGUAUUUACGUGAAAUUCCAAACAAGCCUCCACCUCCUUACAUGCCUCCAGUUUUAACUGCGACGAUUCCAUCCAUACUACCCUCAUCAGCUGAACAAGUUAACCUGAUAGUGCAUCAUAUAAGCAACUAUUUGUUCAAUGCCCAUUUAAAUGGAACUCUGCCACAUGUGUCUCUACUACCGGAGAUUAAAAGACAAAUGCAGAGCCAAAUCGAACCGUCGUGUCAGAGGUUCAUUUUUGAUUUGUGCAAGGAACUGACCGUCGAAUAUUACAAACAAUUCGAAGAAGAGUCUGGACCCUCUUGGAUGCAAAUUACAAAGAAGCCGAAGCUGGUAUUCCAAAAAGCUUUUGACGAAAGAAUACUCGAAAAAUUCCUUAUGAAGAAAGUGAAAGAAAGUUUAGGAUACGAGAAAAUCGAUCGAAAAGAAAGCAUGAUAAUAAAAUGGAGUAGAAAGAAGAGGGAUCACGUUGACGAAUUGCUGGUGUUAGAGUCACAAAACGAGGAAUCUGAAUGGACUAAUUAUGAUAAAGAUGAGCUGAUCGUUAUCAACGAACUGACGAAUGAAAUCAUAAAUUCAUUAAUUGGUGAAACAGCUCACACUUUGAAAGCUAUAUUGGCAAAACGAAUUACGAGUCCAAAUUAAACGAUUGCCAUAAGUGUAGUAAUGUUGUUUUCAGCGUUGACAUUUUUCGCUAAUAAUUGUUUGAAUCGACUAAUAAGUUGCCAUGUGUUUAUAUUUUUGUAUUCUUAUUGUAAGAAAUAAAAUAUUUACUUUUUUAACA